GAGUAUGCUCUCUGUAAAGUAGUGAUGAGUAGAUAUUCAUGCUCAUAAAUUGUCAUAAAUAGGCCUACUCGUCAUUCUCAAAAAGGAAGAGAUAAGAAAACAAAAGUGGGGGAUUUCUCCGUAAAUUAAGACAUGAAGGGACACUGACCAAGUCUAAUCCACAGAGAAUGAAUGACAUGUUUUACGAACAAACUCCAGAGCUACAUACAGCAGUACAGACAAACAAUACUGACAGACUACUACAGCUGGUACAGGCUGGACACAGUGUCAACAGUGAGGGUGUGGACCUGGUCAGACCGCUACAUGAGGCCUGUUUCAGAGGUCAUGUUGACUGUGUGAAAAUUCUUCUGGACAAUGAUGCAGAGGUAAAUGUAAGGAACAUUGAUGGAGCUACCCCUCUCUGUGAUGCUGCCAGCAGUGGUCAUGUAGACAUUGUCAGGAUUUUGUUACAGCGGGGGGCAUAUGUUAAUCCUCCUCUUCUAUUAACUUCUCCUCUGCAUGAAGCAACUCUCAGAGAUAAAUGGGAAACAGUGGAGGUGUUGGCAGCAGCCGGAGCCAAUCUGAACUCCUCUGACUGUCACUUCGGAACUCCUCUCCAUGUAGCAGCUUGUCAAGGCAGUCUAACAUGUGCCCAAGCUUUGCUACGAGCAGGAGCCUGUGUGAAUUCUAUUAAGAGCCUUAACACCCCUCUCCAUGAGGCGGCCAGGAGACAGGACCUACCCCUUAUACUCCUCCUACUGGCUCAUGGAGCAAAUGUAACAAUGAGAAACAACAAUGGACUACGGCCUAUUGAUCUGGUCCCAAGCUCUACUCACCCUGCUAAACAAGUCCUACUGCAAUGGGAAUAUGAACCACGUGAUUUGAGACACUACUGCAGGUUGCUGAUUAGGCGAUGUCUGGGAGUUGAUAGACUUAAAUAUAUACCGGAACUUCCGGUUCCAAAACUACUCCAUCAAUAUCUGGACUUCCUGUGAUAAGAAUAGGUCACUAUUGAAAUUCCAUUUUAUUGACAGUUAUAUGUUAUUUUCCUGUUGUUCGUGUGAGAGGACUGUUAUGUUUGAAGAAUGAAAUACAUUUGUUAUAACAGAA